AUGUACGCUGCGGCCUCUCACGUUGGCUUAUUACCGUCCACUAAAAAUAUGAAUUUAUUUCAAACGUGGAAUUAUUAUAAUGAUUAUUAUCCAGGCGACAGCUCAGCUCAUCAUUCGAAUCCUUUUUCAAUACAAAAACCGAACGAUAACGAAGGUAGCCUGGAAAAAUUUCAUCACGACUCAUUAAUUAUAUUAGAAACUGGUGAAAAGAAAAAUAUUCAACAAUUGACAACACAUGAUUUUAUCACAAGUGCGAAGCAAAAUCAACAAUACUCAAGUCUUCUGGCACGCGUUGGAUAUAUUGGUUCUAUUGAUAAAAUCACCGGUAAAGUUGAAUUACGUUUUUAUGUUAAUGGUGUUGAAAAGCCGGUAUCAUAUUAUGUUUCACAAGAGAUGCCAUUUUUUGUUCAUCAAUAUUCAUGUUGGUCAUCGAUAUCACCAAAACAAACCUAUUCUACAACCGGUUUAACUUGUCGUCAAUUAGAAUGUGGUGAUUUAAUCAUAGCCAUCAUCUCCAACAAAAACAAGCAAGCAAAGAUCAAUAGUAGCAGCAGUAUUAGUAUUAGUAGUAGUAGUAGUAGUAGUAGUAUGAAACCCAAUUAUAGUCAACAAUCACCAACAAAAUGUUUAGUUGAAAGAUAUAUGAAUGAAAAAAUAUCGUCAUCAUCGAUGGACAAUGUUAUCCCAAAAAGCAAACGAUUUAAAAUCUGUAAUGAAUGA